AUGGAGUCGUGCCGAAUAACCGUGUUCGGCGACGAAGGAGUCCUCCAAUCUGUGCGCGGCCACACGCCGGAGCGGCACAAGGAUGAAGGCCGCCACGCUACAAUUCGACAGCCAAAGGUAUCGCGUGUGGCCGGUCCCGACCCUGCGACGGCCACUCUUCACGAGCGGAAGCUGGCUCGCACGAGUGCCUUCCUAUCUCUGCCGCAAGAGCUGCUCGAUGCCGUGGUCGUGCAUGCCUGCGCGAGUGGCGAGCUGCGGGCGGUGCCAACGAGCGUCCACGAAGACGAGUGGAGAGUCACUGCUAGCCGAGUGGUGCAGCCGAUGGUGAUGCUGGCACGCCUCUGUGCCACCUGCGUCGCUCUCCGCAAGGCAGCACGUUCCGAAAUCGAGCGGCGCGCCAAGCGAGCCGCCGACGUGCGUGGCGGCACUCCGACUGAGGAGCCGCACUCGCUCAUCGCCCUCUACGUGCGUGCGCUCUCUGUCGCCUACCCUCCCAAGAUGAAGCCCUGGUCGUCACUGUGCCGCAUGGUGGAGCGCUCCGGGCGAGGGAGGCGCCUUGCCCGCCACUCGUGCUGCACGGCGAUGGAAGGGACGGAAGUGCUGCUCAAGUGCGACUCGUGGCUGCAGUCGCCAGCCAACUACAUGCAGAGCCAGCCGCACAUCAACGACCGCAUGCGCGAGAUUCUCGUCGACUGGCUCACCGAGCUGGGCGAGGGUCUCGCCGAAGUCGCGAUCAGCCGGGGCGUCUUGUCGCAGUCGUUCCACCUCGCCGUGGCGCUCCUUGACCACCAUCUGGCCAGCGCCGACGGCCGCGGGACCAGCCGGCACAGGCUCCAGCUUGUGGGAUGCGCGUGCUUUGGCGUGGCCUUCCAGUACGAGGACAUCGUGCCGAGUCCCGACCGGCGCGGCUGUGCAGUCAACGACGAGGAGAUGGCGCGUGCGAUGGCGUACUUUGCCGACGCCGACGCCGACGCGACCUUCCAGGCGGAGUAUGUGGCAACUUGCCGCAAGGUGAGGCGCAUGGAACUGGCGGGGCUAGCCGCCAGCACGACGCUGGUCCUCGUCGAGCGGCUUCUGCGCGAGCUCGUGCGAGGCGUCUCGGGCGAGUUCCAACCAAACGGAGGCGGUAGGUACAUCGCCCGGCACGGAUCCGACGACCCCGAGCGCACACUCAAGUACGCGUGCCUCUACCUUGCCGAGCUCUCGCUCACGAGGUACUCGCUGCUCCGCUGGCGGCGCUCCGUCGUCGCGGCAGCGAGCGUGCGUGCCGCGUGCGUGCUGGUCGACCCGCUCGACAGGGCCAUCAUCAGCAUCGGUGCGCUCGACGACGGUCUCCUCGUCAACGCCGCUUCAGGCAGGCCAGGGCUACGCAGCCUCUUCCCGCGGCGGCUGCUCGGCCACUCGGACGACGAGACAGACGCGGCGACCAGCGAGCUUCUGCGCGUGGUCAAGCUCGCCCCCAUCCAGACGAUCUCUGGGACGAGCCGCCCAAGCGCCAUCUUUCAGAAGUACCAGAGGCAGCAGUUUGACGCGGUGGCAGACCUGCACGUUUUGGUCGCGAAGAUGCCGACCUACUGCACGCUGCUCGAGGACACAGGGGAACGGUAA